AUGCCGGAGUCGCAAUCAGAUCCCGCAUUCCCCAAUGGGGCCAAGGGAGAUGUGGGCGCCAUCCCACCGGGUCAGAUCCUGACCGGCAAGCAAGAACACUAUCUCAAGCGUGAGCUAAUCGCUCGCGAAGUCCGCGCCGAAAUCUCCGAGCUGAACUCCCCCACCGCAUUACAGCGAUUCGGCGCCCCGUUCAGAUCGGAAUUCGGCGAGGUCGCGCCUGUCGACUCGGAGCUUCCGAUCCUUCGGUACAUCUUCGUUCACCAUGUUCGCAAUUUCCCGUUCCUUGACCAGGCGCGCGAAAAGGAGUUCUGGCAGGAUAAGCUGCAAGUGUUCCUCGAAUCGUUCGCCAACAAACAUGUGUCUUCUUCGGAGGAUAGACUGGAGGAAACGAAACGCCGGAAAUUGGCUCGGAAAUGCGAGAAGCUCGUGGAGCUGAUGAUGGUCUCGGGCGUGCCGACCGCGUCAGGAUAUGAGGAGCGCAUUCAGUUCUCGGAGAUUGAAGUUGUUGAGCGCGGUGCUCAAGAUUCCGGUCUGCUCGUUAAUAUUCCUGAGGGCAAUGCGAUUCAUGGUUGGGAUGUGAAUGUAGCCGCUGUUCGCACAACCUCUGUCAAGCGGACAGUGCGGUACCAUCAACAUGCAGAAUUCAUUAUUCGAGUCCGUCAGGGCGAUAAAAAGGAGCUCCAUGUUGGGAGGAGGUAUGGAGAAUUCGUCAAGCUCCACAAAAGACUGAGCACUGAGAUGCCUGGAAAGCACCUGCCUCCUCUUCCACGCAAGAACAAGUCCUCCACCUCGAGCUGGUGGGGUGCUGCUGUAGAUGAUGACGCUUCGUCCAUUUCAUCCAUCUCAACACAGGGAACGGCUGCCCCGGAGGAUAACAGACUUUCUGUGCCAACUACACCCGGCAACCUCCGACGAUCAGCCUCCCGAGGAUCGAUGCGGUCAACAAAGUCGCCACGUGCAUCAUCAGGGGAUGUGUCAAGGGAGACUGUUCUAUACAGGGAGGAGCAACGUGUGUCGCUCCGCGCUUUCCUGCGUACCAUUUUGCAAAACAAGCGAGUUGCGGAAUCCAAGGCCAUGGAGGAAUUUUUGACUUCUCGCCCUAUCAAUCUGAACGAGGAAGAGUUGAUCGACGUCCGCAAACGAAAGGAUAUGGAUGCUGUCAGAAUCGAAGAACAGAAGAGAUUCUAUGAGAUUGCUCGACAGCGAGCAGCUGAGUUGGAUGUUUACAUGGAGCGGUUCCGGCGAGAUAUUGUGGAGAGCAACGGAUUGACAAAGCUUUUUGCGGAGAUUCGGGUAAAGCCCACGAUUCAAGACCUCAGCCCACAAUACCAGAAGUUUGCUGAGUGGCUUCGUAUUGAGGUUGCCGCGACGAUAUACCAUUUGUUCCUAGCCGAGGAUAACUCCCCAGAACUGUUUGCACAAGCGAAGAGAAUCCACGGUCUCGUUCCAUAUACGCUGAUGAAGAAUGUGAUUCGCAUCGCCAACCCUGCUGCGGUCAUGUCUGGUGUUCUUGACCUUUUCAUGGCACAGCCCUUCGGCUCGCGUUCCCUUCUGCAACGGAUCUUCUCUUUGACACUAAAUGAAGGCAUCAAAGAUUUCCAGAGAUCUAUUGACACUCUGGCAGCAAAGGUCGAAGAUACGAUUCUAACUCAGAAGCUAAAGUCCUUCGCGGAAGCGGAUGAGGAUAUCAAGAAUGAUAUUCGAGCAGAUGCCACUAAUGACGAGGUUGACAUUGUUGUGGCCAUUCUUCGGUCUGAUCUUCUGUCUCCCGAGCUCACCCCGGAGCAGAUUGGCAAGGUGUUCAACGGCUACGUUGCCUGGAACCAUGCUGUGGAAAAUGUAGACUUUGAGAUGCAGCAAGGCGCCCAAUGGUUCGCUCAUAUGAAGCAACUUCUGAAGCUUUACACUCGCCAGCGCGAUAAGGCGAUGAUGCUCAGCAUUGUCGAAGAGCCGGUUACACUGCAGCUCUUCCGCGAUCUGUUCACGAUCUUCUACGAGCCUCUAGUCCGAGUCUACAAAUCCGCCAAUGUAUACGGCAGCAUCACAGACUUUGCACAUUUCGCCGAUGAUGCUAUAGCUGUCAUCCAAAGUGCGCAACGCCAGGAUGCUUCCGCCGAUCCAAACCAAACAGUUCAGGCCUUCAUCGACCUUUGCGCUCGCCACGAGGACAACUUCUACAAGUUCAUUCAUGAAGUACACCAGCACGACAACGGCCUCUUCCAGUCCCUGAUGGGUUGGAUCGAAGAGAUCCUCGAUUUCCUGCGCAAUGGCCCCGCCGGAGGCAAAAUGGAUAUCAACGCUUUGUUCCAAGGAGCUGUUGGAGUGGGCCAAAUUGACAAAGAACUUGCUCUUGAAGAAAUAAAUCUACUUAUCAAGUGGCAAGAAGACCGAAAACGCUGGCACCUGAAUAAGACUCGCCAGAAGAUGGCUGCCGAGGGUACCUCUGGAGAGACGAUCCCAGGCACUACGACUUUCAAGGGCAGUGACUUUGGUCUGGACGAGGCUGAUUUGGAGGAUCUUACUAUAUCUGACGAAGCUUCUGAUGCGUCUGACGAAGACACCGGAGAUGAGGACAUGGACGACCCGAUUGCGGUGGAGCGCCGCCGGCGGACAAAGAAGCAAGACCAGCUUCGCCGUACUGCAGGUGAACCCGCCAAGCCGGAGGUUACAGAGAUCCUCAAGCUUGCCGAACCCUUCGGCAUCAUGUUGCGACAUGUGCUUGCCGAUUAG